CGUAACGUCACAAGUAGUACGUGGAUCCGGAAGUGAGCAGCCAGCUGUUACAGGUUGACAUCAGGCAGGUGUUCUGGGACAAUACAGCUCCUCGGUCAACAUGCUGAAGGCGGUCAUUUUAAUCGGAGGUCCCCAAAAAGGGACAAGAUUCAGACCAUUGUCUUUCGAAGUUCCCAAACCAUUGUUUCCAGUGGCUGGUGUCCCCAUGCUUCAGCACCACAUUGAGGCGUGUGUCAAAGUGCCAAACCUAAAGGAGAUUUUGCUCAUCGGCUUUUAUCAGCCUAAUGAAGAACUGAACCGAUUCCUGUUUAAUGCGCAGCAGGAGUUCAAAAUGUCCAUUAGGUAUUUACAGGAGUUUGCAGCCCUGGGCACUGGAGGGGGCAUUUAUCACUUCAGAGAUCAGAUUCUCUCUGGCAGUCCAGAGGCUUUCUUUGUUCUGAAUGCUGAUGUUUGCUCAGCGUUUCCUCUCACAGAGAUGCUCAACUUCCAGAAAGAGCACGGAGAGCCAAACAGUUUUGUUAUUCUAGGGACAACGGCAAACAGGAAGCAGUCCAUGAAUUAUGGUUGCAUUGUGGAGAACGAGGAAACAAAUGAGGUUCUGCAUUAUGUGGAAAAGCCCAGCACAUUUGUGAGCGAUAUUAUCAACUGUGGUAUAUACCUGUUCAACCCAGAGAUCUUCCAGCACAUCGGUGCCGUCUUUCAGAAGAACCAGCAGGACAUGUUGCUCUAUCCAUACGAUGGAAACAAAAAAAAACAACAGAAUAAUGUCUUCUUGGGGGGAAACCUGGAACGGAGUCGUCUCAGCGCUGGAGGCACGGAAGAGGAAAGAGAGGAGCCAACCAACGGCUGGCACAGAGCAGAAGCCAUCAGGCUGGAGCAGGACAUAUUUACUGCCCUGGCCGGACAGCGCAAACUCUACGUCUACAAAACCCUCAGCUUCUGGAGCCAGAUUAAAUCUGCAGGGUCUGCGAUUUAUGCCAGUCGAUUGUACCUCAAUCAAUAUCGCACAACUCACCCUGAAAGACUGGCUCCUAAUAAAGAGGGAGCUCCCAAAAUAACUGGUAAUGUCUAUAUUCAUCCUACAGCCAGUAUUGAUCCCACUGCUGUGUUAGGUCCCAACGUCUCCAUUGGCACUGGUGUUACCAUCGGUGCCGGGGUCAGAGUGCGAGAAUCAAUCAUUCUUCAUGGUGCAAACCUACAGGAUCAGUGUUGUGUUUUGAACAGUAUUGUGGGAUGGGAUAGUACCAUAGGCAAGUGGGCAAGAGUAGAAGGAACUCCCAGUGACCCAAACCCAAAUGAUCCAUUUGCAAAGAUUGACAGCGAGACGCUCUUCAGAGAUGGAAAACUCACUCCUUCUAUAACUAUUCUUGGUUGCAACGUGACCAUUCCUUCUGAGGUGAUCAUACUGAACUCGAUUGUGCUUCCACACAAAGAUCUGAACCGCGGCUUCAAAAACCAAAUCAUCCUUUAGCAUCUGCUUCACUUCUGUUCCUGUCGACAAUGAAGGCUGCUGCUGGCCAAGCCCUGGCUCUGAUGGAGAGUUACUGUACAUAAGAUGUUUAAGAUGGAUAUGAAAAGCCUUCAUUAAACUGUUUUUGAAAAAUA